CUCCAUAUCAAUUCUUGACAGCUGCUUCGAUUCCUUUUAUAGUGUCAUCAGCUUAUAGAAAUCGUCACAAAUUCCCAUAGGGCUCUUGGAAUACUGAUAGAUAUAUCUGCUCCUGACUGCUUUUCUUGACACAUUUCUUCAUACACCAUGAAGCUCCUUUCAACGACAUUUCUAUGUGUUGCAGCUCUGCUAAUCAGUGACUGCCGAGGAGAUGACGAGUCUUGCAAGAAACCCAACGUCCACGAUUACCUGGACGAAAUGCUAGUGAAGGCCCGGGAAGAGUUGCCCGACCCCAUCCGACUGCCUCCAAGAGCAACUUUUGUUGACCUCAGUGACGGAGUGCUAUGGGGUCUGUCCAACCUGACACGACUCGGAGAUGCAGAAGUGCAGUGUGUUGAUGAAAAUACCAUCAUCGUCAAGGCAAAACUCACCACUGAUGAACUGAAGGGUCGUUACACAUGGCAAAAGGAACGUAGGAAUCAGAGCCCGAGGGAAGGGUACGUGGUAUUCAUUUCGCACGAUUUCCAGGCCGACAUUGAAUUCCGUGUCGCUAAGAACAAUGGUGAAGUCACCCACCCCCAGCUUCAGAGGUUCGAAAUCAAGCGAUUCAAGGACGCUAAGAUAGAGAUCACAGGCAUGGGAUUUUUCACCUGGGCUUUGGGAGAGAUGACCACCCUCAUGUCAGGAGUGUUCCAGAGGGCUAUCGGCCACGCCGUCCAGGGACCCCUCGAGGAAGCCCUCCAGAGGAAGAUGAGAGAAAUCGACAUCCAAUGCGCCAAGGACUACGACUUCACCAAGUUUUGUAAAGAAUGAGAUGUAAUUAAAUAAAACUACCUGUUGCAUUUUA